GCGAAUAAUAAAGGUGUCUUUGAGUUGAAAAACCCAAGUUAGAAUUGCAAACUUUUAUAGUUUGACGCCGUAAAAACCGUCUGUAUUUAAAACUUAACAUCCAUUCAGUUGUACAGUGUCAGCGAAUGUAGUCGGUGUCCGUAAACACACACGGAUAGAUGCUGUGAAUUAUUUUAUUUAUAACCAAAAUUGAGUUUACAAAUUUGAGUACUUGAUAAAACUUAAAAACGGAAGCAACAUGAGCACCUUAAACAACAUUUUAUGGAUCUCAAUUAUUCAAAUCAUUUUAACGGAAAUAUCCGCCACACCACUUCAACGACUGACUAUGCCUGCUUCGAGAUCUAAACGAGACUCAGAAAUUUUAUUUCCGGACGAGGAGACCAUAUUCAUACCAUCAGCUGGUGAAUCAGUUCCAAAAUGUGCCCAGGGAUCAACAUUUUGUGAAGCGAUCGAUGACUAUCCCAGCGCUUAUGUUGAUUUGAUAUUGGAAAAGGAUGCACACAAAUAUGAGGAACUAUUCGGAGCCGAUUUGGUAAUGCCGGAUACUAUACUAAACAGAUUUGAUGGAUUUGAUGUGGAAGAGUCGCUAUGUAGAAGCCAAGAAAGAUUAAUAUAUCCCCGAGCAGGACUAACACAAGAUAACACAUGGAUGUACAUAGUUAACCAAAACAAUUAUACACAAGGUGUGAGGGUUGACGAAUGCAUCCAUAUGAAUCAGUGCGAAAUGACGCAAAAUUUCCCAUUCGGCUAUGAUGCUAUAUGCAAACAAAAAUAUAUCUACCGACAACUAUUAGCAAUAAAUGAAAACGGAAACACUGUUAAGGAUCUAUUUCGACUUCCAUCCUGUUGCCAAUGUGUUUUAAUUCAAACGGACAGAAAACGACGAUCACUACACUGAUUAAUGAUAAAACUGAAUGGUCAAAAAUAAAAUGGUUCUACUCAAUGAAUUUGAAAAGAAAAUGGAACAACAAGUAAGAAAUUCAAAACAAUUGUAGCAUUGAAACAAAAGCUCCAUUUCGAUGUAAUUGCAUUAUAUACUUUGAGGGAGCGUCCAUAUGUUAUUGAGGCAAACAAGUGGGAAAGCUUUUAAUCCACCCACCCACUAAAACAAUAGCCACCGCAAACAAUUAUUUUGUUCCUUUGAACCCACUCAAAUGCUUGCAUGAUAUGUGGGCGACCCCUAACAUAAUUCACACCUUUUGUGCACUCUUACGUUUCGUUUAAAUAUUUGAGACCGCGUCGUAGGUUACAAUAAUUUUUGAUACACGUGCAACGUACGUUCAAUGCUUGUUUUGAUCAUUUUGAUCCUACACUUAUACCAUAUAGCGACAAAUGUUUCGAAUUGCUUUUGUUCCAAAGAUGAGUACAUUCUACACUGUUUGCGGUAAAUACCUGAAAAAAUUCUUGAUAAAUGUGUGGCACACAAGACGAACCAUACAUAACUCGAGAAAUCACUUUCGUUCCAACUCAGAAGGUGAGUUUCACAAUUUUGUCAAAAGCACCUCAUAGUUUCCUGCUGGAAGUGCAACGAUAUAUACUCAUUUCUCAAGAAUUUACAGAGGAUACAGCACAAGAGCAAUUUCUUACGUCGUUGAGCUGGUUAAAUAUUUCAUCCUGAACUUUGUUCAUUCAAAGUUGCAGUUAUGAAAUUCGUGCGGUUGCGAUAUUAUGGUAUUACAAAAAAAGGAAUUUAAAAGUAAAAUAUUAAACGAAAAAAAAGAGGAUUUGAACUUGUAACCAAAUGGUAAAUUAACUUAAAAUAAUUUUAAAAUAAAAUUGUACUGAAAGGAAAAUUUAAUCUCAUUCAAAGACAAAGAACAGUUUAUUAGGAAUUUAUUAAAUUUAACAAACAAAUUUUAUGUGAUUAAUAAACGAUGGUGAUAAAUAGUAAUUUUAUGCAAAAAAAACAAUUUCUUCUAAGCGAUGUGAAAAUGUAACCAUUUGAAGUCAAAUAUCUCAAUUAAGUUCCAAACAAAAAAGAUUUAUAUUUUUUAUCGAUGGAGAACAUUUUUAUAAGAAGCAUAUGCCAAAAAAGUUAAAACUUCUUUUUAUAAAUCAUUUUGAAAGUCA